CACGCCCUCUGUUAGCAACUUGUGGCUAGCUCGGUACCGAGGAAGGCACUGCUGCGAGGGAUCUGCUUCAGACACCACCCCGAGUCGAAGACUAUCCUCGUGUACAUAAUUCUGUCAGUGAAGUCCAGAUGCAUGAGUCUCGGUCAGAACCAACAAUCCACACCAUUCAAACAAAUCAGACAGAGAACGGGAAUCAUACUGAGAAUGAAUGUCGACUGAGGAGUAGCCAAACUCCUCCUCCAGAGGCACCCAGGUGCCGAGAUAAACAUUUCAAUGGAGACUAUCAGGUUCCAGUGUCAUUGUCCAUGAUGACCCCACCAGCAGAAGCUCCUAAGCAGCUGCAGCAGACAUCACAACAGCAAGUCCUCAGUCCCCAACAGCUUCAAGCCUUGCUUCAGCAGCAGAAAGCACUCAUGUUACACCAGCAACAAAUUCAAGAGGUAUUCAAGAAUCAGCAAGAGCAGCUUAAUAUACAGCUGCUGCAGCAGAAGAAUGCUGGGAUUGUUAGUCAAGAGCUCACUGCCCAGCAGAUUGCCAUCCAGCAGCAGCUUCUUCAGGUGCAGCAGCAGCACCUCCUCAACCUGCAGAGGCAAGGUCUGCUGUCUGUGCUUCCUACCAGCCCCACUACAGCCCCAAGCUGUGAGAAUGGUAGUAUUUUGUCAGCUGGUGGAGACACCAGAGAGUCUUCCAGUCAACAAUCUACCACCAAUGGUCAUCAAACUCUUCUGAAGAAGAAAGACAGUGGCUCACUGGAUGAAUUUACACAGAAUAGCCAUCCUCUAUAUGGAAAUGGGAUGUGUAAAUGGCCUGGCUGUGAGACAGUCUUUGGAGACUUUCAGGCAUUUCUCAAACAUUUGAACAGUGAACACACCCUGGAUGACAAGAGUACAGCACAAUGUCGUGUGCAGAUGCAAGUGGUUCAGCAGCUCGAGCUGCAGCUGAAGAAGGACAAAGAGCGACUGCAAGCUAUGAUGGCUCAUCUGAAGUCUUCUGAACCCAAAACUGCAGCACAGCCUGGGAAUUUGGUGUCUAAUGCAUCUUUCUCCCAGUCAACAUUGCCCAAAGGCCCUCCUCCUAUGAGCAUUUCUCAGAGUGCCACAGCACCAUCCACACCCUUGACACCACUCUCUGAAUCCCCCUCAGUCCUCACUCCCAAUGGCAUGUUCACUGGAACCCCCGUACGGAGGCGAUACAGCCGCUCUGUAAGCCAAGAUAUAAUUGAUAAUAAGGAGUUCUACUUGAGCACAGAAGUUAGACCUCCAUUUACGUAUGCCUCUCUCAUAAGACAGGCUAUAUUUGAAUCACCUCGCAAUCAGCUGACAUUAAAUGAAAUCUACAACUGGUUCACAAGAAACUUUGCAUAUUUCAGGCGUAAUGCAGCUACUUGGAAGAAUGCAGUCAGACAUAAUCUCAGUCUCCAUAAAUGCUUUGUACGUUUGGAGAACGUGAAGGGAGCUGUGUGGACAGUAGAUGAGAUCGAGUUUCACAGGAGGCGGCCCCAGAAAGCUGCUGGUAAUGGAUCUCUGCUGAAGAACUCCCAGAGUCGUGCAAGCUUAGCUGGCUCUGCUCUCUCGUGUCUUGGUCCAGACGGUAACAACUCUCUAUACAGCCCAGCUUCUAUGGGCAGCAUCCCGUUUCACUCCUUGCCUCAUGUUCUCCAAGAGCAGAUGAACGGAGCCCUCGCUAAUGGAUCUGGAUACCAAAGUGACAGCAGUGCGACACAGUCGCCCCCGCAGGCUUUCAUUAAAGAAGAGCAGGAGGAUGAGGAGAUAAGUGAAAAUUAUCCAUAUGAAUCUCCGGAGAGCACAGACGAGCAUGGCCACAGCCCAGAGAUGAACAGAGAUGAAGACAACGGUAGCCCGGAGAGGCCCAGUCUUCAUCUUGACCGUGUGCCUUCACUCUGACUUUGAGAUCCAUGUUCUCAAUGACAAGGCUGCCUGUGUGACUUUGUAUCCAAAAAAAAACCAACUUCAGCUUCAUCUGCGUAACCAAACACUCUGUUCUUGGGAAUCUUUUUCAGUUUUUCCUGUAUUUAUCAGCAUCUCUUGUUUUUUGUU